AUGCAAAACUUUGAUGAAUUUAGCCCAAUGAAGAUGUCUGAGAAGGACAAGCUCUUCGAUAUUGCUCAAUACAUCACUAGGGUUGCUACAGGCUACGAUGAUUUUGAGAGCGAAGAAGAGUGGGAUGCGUUGGAACAAACGAGCAACGAGAGGCAACCAAAAAACGAAGCUGAUGUUGAAGACUUUGGAGAAAAUGAUCAAAAUGAAAUCAUGAUUCCCAGGAGCAAGAAGUUACAAUCAUCCAUGAUACUGGAAGGCGAUUUCGAUUUCGUAGAGGUUGAAUCACGAUGCUGUUGUCGCCGCGUGUACAAUAGGUACAUUGGCGAGCAUUCAAGCAAGUAA